CUUUUAACCGGAAGAAAAAAAAAAAACAUGUCGUUCGUAGUUGCAGAGUAGUAUAAUCCAAUCAGUCAAUGGAGAAGCUGCGGAAGGUGGUGAACGAAAUCGCCUACACGCGAGAUCAUAGUAAAUCCCCUGCUCUUCACCGCUCUCUCGUUCCUAUCCUCAAACUCGCUUCUUCUCUAUACGGAGUCGCUCUCCACAUUCGCCGCUCUCUCUACCGCCUCUCAUUGUUACAGAAACACCGAUUACCGGUUCCGGUGAUCAGCGUUGGGAAUCUGAGCUGGGGAGGUAAUGGGAAGACGCCAAUGGUGGAAUACAUUUCUCAAUUCCUCGUUGAUUCUGGAGUUUCACCUCUUAUCCUCACUCGUGGUUAUGCUGGUGGAGAUGAAGCCAAAAUGCUUGAAAGACAUCUUCGAGGUGGACCGGCAAAGAUUGGGGUUGGUGCAAACCGGGCAUCUACUGCCGCUUGGUUUUUCAAAAAGUAUGGCUGUGUAGAUCCCUCUAGUAUAAGGACAUUCUUUGAUCAAUCCUUUCUCCAUGAAAGAGCAGAAGCCAUGACCAUUUCGAAGAAAAUUGGAGCAGUAAUUCUAGAUGAUGGGAUGCAGCAUUGGAGUUUGUCUCGUGAUCUCGAGAUUGUGAUGCUUAACGGGAUAGAUCCAUGGGGAAAUGGUCAUUUAGUUCCCCUUGGUCCCUUACGAGAACCUCUUGUAGCCCUUGAGCGGGCAGAUAUUGUUGUAGUACACCACGUAGACUUGAUAACUAAACAAAGCCUCAGAGAUAUUGAGAACACGAUACGAGGAUUCAAAAAAUCGAUCCUGAUUUUUUAUUCCAACAUGGUCCCCAAAUGCUUGAUCAAUGUUAAAAAUGCUAGGUCACAUGUGGCUUUAGAAGCAUUGCGCUGUGCCUCUGUGCUAUGUGUUUCCGCAAUUGGAUCUGCUGAAGCAUUUGUCAAGAGCAUCGAGAUGACAGGAGCACGUUGUGUUGAUAGACUUGACUUCAGUGAUCAUCAUUUAUUUGAAGCACGGGAUGUCGAAACUAUGAGGAAGAGAGCAAAAGGACUAGAGCAAAAAUCUAAUUCCAUGCCUAUCAUUGUGGUAACUGAAAAGGAUUAUGAUAGGGACCCGGACAUCCUCAAAUGUCUGGACUCAUACACAGUCUUGGUUCUAUGCUCUGAGUUGCAAAUAACUCCUUUUAUAGGAACUGAUGGGGAUAGCUUUAAAUCUACACUUACGAGAGUUCUAGCUGCUAAGUUUUGUGUUUCUAAUUAGAUACUAGGUUUAUCGUACUGCAUUUUGUUGUUGUGGAUCAUUACUCUUUAGGAAUCUGAUGAUGUAUUUAGUUUAGAAGAAAUUAUACUUUAAGUAAGUGAAAAAAACGAAAAGACCUUGAAUGCUUGAUCUGAAGACGGUAUGUUGUUAAGGUUUAGUUUGUCGAUGUUAUUGCUUUUAAAGGCGUCCAA